AUGGCCAUUUCUUCGGGCCUCGCCCUUUUGCUGGCUGCCAGCGCCGCAUUGAAUCCCGUCGCUGCUGCACCUUCGAUCGACGACGCUUUCGUCGCCACCUCCAAUUCAGAUUUCUCUCCCCGAUCAGUAUCAAAACGAGGCACGCCUCAAGCCCCCGAUGGCUACGUACCCUCCAAAGUCGAUUGCCCGAGUACACGACCGACGAUCCGAAAUGGCUCUUCCAUCUCGAGCAUGGAGCGCGACUGGAUCCCCAAGCGUCGCAACGAAACCAUCUCCCCUAUUCGAACCCUCUUGAAGCGUCUAGCGAUUCCCGAGUUCGACAGCGAGGAGUAUCUCAAGGAUGCUGAGACAGAUGCUACUGCGCUUCCUAAUAUCGGUAUUGCUAUCUCUGGAGGUGGCUACCGUGCUAUGCUUUGCGGUGCUGGUGCGCUGGCAGCUUGGGAUAUUCGUUCUGAUGGAAGCGACAAGGAUGGAAAUCUUGGUGGUCUUCUACAAAGUGCGACAUAUCUUUCUGGUCUCUCCGGUGGUGGAUGGCUUGUGGGCAGUUUGAUGAUGAACAACUUUACUUCUGUCCAGGAAAGCGUGAACUAUCCUGGAGUCUGGCAGUUGGAGAAUUCGAUCCUCGAGGGCCCUGAGAACUACUCUCUUCUCCAGUACUACAAUACGAUUUUCGAUGCCGUCUCCGAUAAGAAGGAUGCUGGUUAUGAACGAUCUCUUACGGAUUACUGGGGCCGCAUGCUGUCGUACCAACUUAUUAAUGCUACGGAUGGUGGUCCUGCAUAUACAUGGUCUUCCCUUGCAGAUGAUCCUGACUUCUCUGAGGGCAAGGCUCCUAUGCCCAUCAUUAUUGCGGAUGGUCGCGCGCCAAACGAGACCAUUAUCAGUCUCAACGCGACCAACUUCGAAUUCACACCCUGGGAGCUCGGUUCUUACGAUCCCGUUCUCCAGGGCUUCGUUCCUCUCAAGUAUGUCGGUUCCGAGUUCGACAACGGCAAGCUGCCCAAGGACAAGUCGUGUAUUGCCGGUUUUGACAACGCCGGUUUCGUCAUGGGAACUUCUAGCAGUCUCUUCAACCAGAUCGUUCUGUACCUCAAUGAAGACAACAACAACUACGUUCCUGACGGUGUUCCGGAUAUCGCCGUCGAGGCGGUAACUUCUGUUCUCAAAGCUAUUGGCUCUGACAACAACGAUAUUGCUGACUGGACUCCUAACCCCUUUAAGGGCUGGAACGAUGAGCAUAACCUGAGCGCCGACUCCGAGCGACUCACCCUCGUCGAUGGUGGUGAAGAUCUCCAGAACAUCCCUUAUUAUCCUCACAUCCGAAAAGAUCGUGAGGUCGAUGUCGUCUUCUCCUUCGACUCUUCGGCCGACACCGACUACGGCUGGCCCAAUGGCGCAUCUCCCAUCGCCACCUACGAGCGCUCUCUCACCAACAUCUCAGAGGGCUCAUCAUUUCCCUCUGUCCCCGGCAAGAACACAUUCCUCAACCUGGGCCUCAACACCCGCCCAACCUUCUUCGGCUGCAACGCAACCAACAUGACCGACCCCUCACCCCUCAUCGUCUACAUCCCCAACUACCCCUACGUCUACUCCUCCAACAUCUCCACCUUCCAAAUGAGCAUCAACACCUCCGAGCUCUCCGCCAUCAUCGAGAACGGCUACGCUGUGGCCACUAUGCUUAACGGCACGCGCGACAAGGACUGGCCCGUCUGCGUUGGCUGCGCAAUGCUGUCUCGCAGCUUCGACCGCACAAACACCACUGUUCCUGAUAAGUGUCAGGAAUGCUUCACGAAUUACUGCUGGAAUGGAACUCUUGAUGAGAGAGAGCCCAGCGAGUAUAACCCUACUUUCAUCGGCGAGCAGAUCGAGGUGGAGAGCUCAGCGUCAAAGGCCAGCAGCGCCUUUAUCGCCAUUGCAGCUAUUGCGGGAUUUAUGCUCGCCAUUUAA